UUUUCCCUUCUCUCUUCAAUUUAUUCGCUAACCAUUAUGAGUUCGUAUAUAUAAACAUGUCAGCAAAGACUUCCAAAAACUACCAAAAAUUUUUUUUGAAAAUUAACAAACAAAAAUCAGAAUUUCUCUACCCCUCUCCAUUUCUAACCCCUUUUCUUUAUUUUAAUUUUUUAGCUAUUAAAUAGUAAUGUUAAAUAUUUCUUCUUUUGAACGUGCCAUUAUUGUCAAAUAUUUUCCAACAACAAAUAAACAAGAAUUACAACCAACAAAACAAGAAAUUUAUUCUUUUGGAGAAUUAAUUAAAUCUUGCAAUUAUUUAUUGUUUUAUGUUUUUAGUAAUUUAAAUCAACAAAAUCCUUUGUUUUUACAAGCAUUGGAAAGACUUGUUUUUAGUAGAAAUAAAGAAGGUAAAAAGAAAAUUUCUAAAAGGUUUGUGGAAAUUUUUGGAUAUUAA